CUACAUGUGCGGGUUCAAGUGGAGGAUCCCAACCUCCACGAGAUCCCCAUAGAGUGCCAUCUUCGUGUGAGUCAGGUAUGAUGUAAUGCAAAACGGAAAACAAAAUAUAAAUUAUUCAUGAUCAAUACUAAAUUAUAUUUUGUUUAAUGAAUUUUAUAGGUUCAGAAACACAGAAAACAAAACGGAAAGGGAGAGGUUCAGCCAAGGGAAACAACAUUAUGUUAGCCGUAGCUAAAGAUGGAAAGAUCAAAGUUCAAUUUGAUUCGGCAAGGAAAACGUGGAAGGCAGUAGGGCCAAAAGCUUCUUGGUGGUCAAGCGCAAUAGGCAUACACACUCGGGACUGUUGUGAUCCGUUCUACGAUAAGUGGGACGAUGUUCCGGCCUGUCAAAAAGCUAUGAUUCGACAUAGGAUGUUGGACUGGUUUGAGUGCGAUAAUGACAAGCUUUUUGAUGAAGUAUUGAUUCGAGAUGCUCGAGAGUCCUACAACGAUUGGAAAAGUGAUUUAUCUGUGUAUUUCAAGAACAAAGGAGGAAUGCAAGCUAAGAGACCUAUAAAUGUACGAAGUGAUGAGCAAUGGCAGAAGUGUUGCGA